AUGGAGCUUCCAGACCUUCUCCGAGAUGCCCCGGCCCGCCGUGACCUUGUGGAAGAGGAGGAGGAGGAGGAGACAGGGAAUGAUGAGGCCGGGGAUGGAUGGGGAGACAGCGCUGCAGAAAGCAGAGCAGCGCCCUGGUUGAAGUUGAACGUGGCCUCAAGAUCACAGCAAGGCUUCAAGCAGCAGUCAGAUGGGAAUGUCAGCGUUUCACAAGGAUAUGAGUACAAGUUUCACAAGGAUAUGAGAGACCCAUCCCCUCCUCCUCACCCCAGGGACAGGACUCACCUGCUGGAAGAGAGGUUGUCCAUCCAGGAGAGGACUACAGCUUUCCUGCUCCAGCAGGCUUUCCAGAUCAAGGAUGACAUCCUCUCCUACCUCCAAGGAAGCAAAAGUGACCAGCAUGGGGAGACCUCAGCCCGGAGGCUGCUGGAGAACCAGGUCCAGGCCAUCACCAGCAUCCUCAAAAAGCUCAGCCAGGACAUUGAGGUUUUGGAGAGACAAAUAAGAACCAGAGAUGGUGCCGCAGCAGAAACUAAUUUUGCUGUGCAAAGUCUGGACUAUAAAUUUAUCCAGGGCCUUGGAGACCUGCGUGGGAGGGUGGCCAGGUGUGAGGCCAGCAUGGCCAAGCUGUCAGCAGACAUCAGCACGACCAAGCACGAGGCACAGAAGACUGAUAAACAGAUUUAUGGCCUUCACUCUGCCCUCAAGAGCUGUGCCACUGAGUUUGAGAAGAAGGUCUUGCAGCUAUUAGGCAAGAUAGAGACUUCCAACUCUGACCAGAGCUCGACUUUAAAGACAGUUCAGGGAGAUCAACACCAUGAAAUGCAGCUCCUGGAUUUCAAGCUGAGAAGAGCUCUAAGUGACUUCAGGGAUCAUCUGCAGACUCAUCAGAAGUGGGCAGAAGCAGAGCUGGCACGGGCUAAAGAAGACCAAGCCCAGCAGAGGCAGCAGCUGCUUGGGCUGGUGAAGGAGAGAAUGGAAAGGACAGAAAAAAGAGUAGAGGAAAAGCUCCUGCUCCUGUCACUGAAGGCAGAGCAAAUGGAUAAACCACAGAAAUAUGAAAAGCAGCUGAACCAGAUGAAAAGUGAUGGGAAAAGCCUCCAUGCAAGAAUCACCAGGUUGGAAAGGCAGAUUGGGAAGGAGCUUGAGGAAAUCCGGGAUGAAUACAGAGCAGGGUUUCAAUCCAUCCGUGAGUCUCUGGAUCUGCUCAGACAAAUACAAAGCACCAGGAUAAAACUUGAAAAGAAGAAAAUUGAGAAAGACCUGAACAAAACAGAAAGAAAAAAAAUAAAAUUAAGAGACUUGAGAGUCACGAGUCUGUCUCUUGCUACAUUCCCUUUAAAUAGCUGCAGCUACUGGUAG